AAGUGCCAGUCGAGAUGCCAUCAACAUCAUCCUUUGUUGCUAUACUAGUAGAUUAAGAUACCAAGUUCAAUCCUCUUCGAACCGUCUAGCCCAUUUUGCCCUACCAGGCCAUACCAUCACCAUGCCUCUGGAAGUCCUCUUUUUCGGCGCCGGGGCCAUUGGGGCGUUCUACGCCAGCCGCAUCGCGGUCAACCCGGACACCAACGUAUCUGUAGUAUGUCGGUCCAACUACUCCGCGGUGAAAAGCAACGGGUUUCACAUCACAUCGCCCCAAUACGGCGAUUACCAGUGGACGCCAACUCGGACAUUUGACUCGGCCGAAUCUGCACGCCAGAGCGGCGUGCGGUGGGACUACGUGGUGGUAAGCACGAAAGCGCUGCCCAACAUAUCCGACGACUCGAAGCUGGUCGAUGGCCUAGUCAGCCCGGGAACGGCGGUGGUUUUGAUUCAAAACGGUCUAGGCGUUGAGCACCCGUAUGCUCGGCGGUUUCCCAGUUCGAGCAUUCUGAGUGCCGUGACCAUUGCCUCUGCCGCACAGCCGAGUCACGGCCAGAUCAAACAUAACCGAUGGACGCGGAUCAACAUCGGACCAUUCUUUCUAGAAGGAGAAAAAUCAAGCUCCCUUGAAGAGGCGACGCGACAAAAUCUUCGCUUUGUCGACCUCCUGAUCAAAGGCGGGAUCAAGGACGCCAUCGCCGACACCCACGAGAAGCUGCAACUGGUGCGUUGGCACAAGAUUGCCAUCAACGCCGCCUUCAACCCGUCCGCCGUGCUUUCCGGAGGCACUGGUAACCAGGCAAUGGCAUCCGACCCGGAACUAUACGUUCAUCUGAAAGGUGUUAUGGACGAGGUUCUCACCACGGCUCCAAAGGUCGUGGGAACGCCGUUUCCGGAUUCGUUUGCCUCGUCCGAACAAAUCCUCAGGUCGACCUUGAGGAACAAAAGCGGCAGCAAGCCCAGUAUGCUCCUUGAUUGGGAGAGUGGGAAGCCAAUGGAGGUAGAGGUCAUUCUCGGCAAUCCCAUCCGCCUGGCCAGAGACAAAGGGUUUGAAAUGCUUCGAAUGCAGAGUCUGUAUGCCUUGAUUCGGAUGAUGGAGAAGAAUCGAGAAAAUCAGAAGGCUAAGCUUUGAUUGUUGUCAAUCAUUACAAGCUGCAGAGGUGUGGAAGGUGAAACUACCACCGCCAGCCUUGCAUGCUCCGGAGACGUGAACACAAUCUCCUCAUCAUCACUCCAACCGUUGUUGCCGAUGGUGCAGAAGCAGAUUCUCGGAGGCCCGAACAUACCUUGCCUGGAUGUCUACUCCACCACAACCGAAAAUAACGAACAGAGGAUCCUAUCACCUGGUCGUCAGUGUCACACUGUACGAAGCCUUUCUGAGAAGGACCAAUAACCUCAAUCAAUACUUUUUCGGAAUGACACAUAAAGAACAAACUGAGCCGAGCUAAACGGAGGCUUUUUGUACAUGGCGAUCUUCUGGAUACUUCAAAAGGGGGCCAUGGGGCCACCACCAGCUGCCGGAACAAAAGACCUUUUAUCAUUUCGGGUAUAUGGCGGCCUCUCCUGCAGCAAAAUGCUAGCUGUAUGUUGAGACAUCCGUCACUUAC